AUGGAGCGCUUUCUUUGUGGUUUCUUGCUUGGAGGAAGCCAGGGCUGGGGCCCCACUUUGGCCGGCGAGGCGGCGCUUUGGGGCGACGGCUCGUACAAGAUAAACCUCGAGGGCCUGGUCGCCCUUUGCAAGCGCCGCGGUUUCGUCUUCCCCUCCGGCGAGAUCUACGGGGGAUACAACGGCUUCUUCGAUUACGGCCCACUGGGUGCCGAGCUGAAGAACAACUUGAAGAAGCUUUGGUGGCGCAGGAUGGUGCACGCCCGUGACGACGUCGUUGGCCUAGACAGCUCCAUCGUGACCACGCCUUUAGUGCACCAGGCCUCAGGCCACGUGGAGAACUUCUCGGACCCCAUGGUCGAUUGCAGGGAAAGCAAGCAGAGGUUCCGAGCUGACCAGCUGAUGUGGGCCAAAGUGGAGCUGGAGGCCGAAGACGGCGAUUCCGAGUGCCUGGGCUACGUCUCCAUGGUCGAGGACGGGAACGUGGCGAAGUCCCUCAAGAAGGCGGCCAAGAAGCUCCGGAAGGAGGCCGGUCGAAGUGGAGAGUUGAAGCCGAUGCUCAUCAAGGACAUGACCGAGGCCAGCGACGAGGAGGUGACGCUGAUUCCGUCGCCGGGUACAGGAAAACCGGGGAGCUUGACGCCCGCCCGAGCCUUCAACUUGAUGUUCGAGACCCAAGUGGGCCCUUAUGCCGACGCCGCCUCCAAAAGCUACUUGAGGCCAGAGACGGCGCAGGGCAUUUUCGUGAACUACAAGCAGGUGACCUACGUGAUGCGCCAGAAAGUUCCCUUCGGCAUCGCGCAGAUCGGCAAGGCUUUCCGCAACGAGAUCACUCCGAGGCAGUUCCUCUUCCGGUCCCGCGAGUUCGAGCAGAUGGAGAUCGAGUACUUCAUCGAUCCCGAGGCGGACUUCCAGCAGAUCCAGGAAGAAUGGAUCCAGGAGAUGUGGAACUUCCUGAAGGCGGUGGGCCUCAAGGAGUCCCUGAUGGACCGGGAGGUGCACGAGGGGGCGAAGCUGGCGCACUACGCGAGGGCCUGCACGGACAUCGUCUUCCGGUAUCCAUUCGGCACCCAAGAGCUCUUGGGCGUUGCGGCUCGCGGCGAGUACGACCUGCAGCAGCAUGCGGAGGCCAGCGGCCAGGCCAUGGAGUACCAGGUGCCUGGUGAGAAGCGGAAGUUCGUGCCGCAUGUCAUCGAGCCGUCCUUGGGAGUCGACCGGCUCUUCUUGGCACUGCUGUGCAGCGCCUACGACGAGGAUGUCGUGGAUAAAGAAUCGCGAUCGCUGCUCAGGUUCCAUCCCUGUGUUGCGCCCAUCACCUGCGCGGUCUUCCCGCUCAUGAAGAAGCCCCCCGCGCUGGCCGAGAAGGCGAGGGCUUUGGCAGCACGGCUCCGGCAACGUGGCUGGAAUGUGGUCUACGACGAGGCUGGGAGCAUUGGAAAGCGCUACCGGCGCAUGGACGAGGUUGGGACGCCCUUCUGCUGCACCGUGGACUUCGACACCUUGGAGGACGACACGGUGACCGUGCGGCGCCGGGACGACCCCCUCGAGGUUACCCGGAUGCCUUGCGACUCCAUCGCGAUGUUUCUGGACGACGAGUGCCAGCUGCCGAUGUGA